AUGACAUUGCAAGAUGCGACUAUUACUUCUGCCUCAGGUCCCAUUUCCACCACCAAGUCUGACGACGAUGGAAUUACUUCAACUCUGACUGCCCCUCCUGAGACGUUCACUCCUACUACUGUUUCCAACGACGACUGGACAACAAACACUUGGAUCACAACUACUUCAAAAGGGUCAGAUGAACCCACUGUAGUUCCGGUUCUCGUUGGCUGCACUGGAUGCGGUGGCAGCGGCCACGGCAUCGUCAUCUUUGGCUUGCCUCACAUUCCCAACACUCUUUUCAAGUUUCCAGGUCUUCCUGAGGUCUCACUCCCUUGUAUUCCAAGUGUUUCUCCAGGCUGUAAUUCUCCCCCAAAGACUCACGAUGAUAAAGAGUCGGAUGAUGAAGAAGAAAAGAGCUCCAAGACAACCUGCACUAAUAUCAUCACCGCUAGCGACUGUCUCGUGUCUUGUCCUACACAAGGCUCCAAUGGUGAAGCAAAAUGCACCACGACUUGUACGAGAACACAGACAGGAUGCAACGUCUCAGGUAUCACUACCACGACAUCUGCUAAGGAGUGCAGUGCUACAGAGAUAGGCGGUUCUUGCACAACAUGCCAGAAGGACGUAUUCUUUGUUAACGACAAGGAAGAAGUCGAAUUUAUCGAAAGUGAUUCUGUUCUCGAGAGAAGAGCCUCGCUCCAUGUAGUUGAGAACUCCACACUUCGCAAGAGAUCCUCUCCAGCGGUGACUAUCACAGAUCUGGGAGUUUGUACUCUGAAGAAGACCGAUGUCGAGUUCCCCGGAUAUCCAAGCGGCGGAGAGUUGUUCAGGGCUGAUACGACACCUAACGAGAAGCCAACUGACACCUACUUCAACACCAAGAAGUGGUACAUUGGUCGUCAGAAUCCAAACACAUGCGCGCGUACGCUCGACAAAGUUACAAAGCAACAGUUUAAUUCUCUUGCCGUCUCCAAAAAGAAGACCAUGGACCACGUCUAUGAGAAGAGUAUGCUAAAGGACUUUUUUAAGCAAAUCCUAGACGACAAUGUUGCAACUGUCCAAGGAGUCACUAAGGGGUCACAAGGCAAGAUCAACUGCGCUGAUUUGUCUUACUAUACCGACGAUGAUCCCAAUGGAGCCUCACCAAACCAGUUGAAGCAGGUAUUUGAUGCUUUCCCUUCCAUUAACAAGUACCUUGAUGAUUUCAUGGGCAUGGACGAAUACUCAAACGCCAUCUGCAAGGGCACGAUUGUAUCAUCGGGAAAUCUUCCAGCAGAAAUCUCCAAGAUUGCAACAAGUGGGAAGCUCGUCAAAGGGGGCAAGAAACCAACUACAUGGACCCUCAUUACCAAGUGGGUUGAGGAGACACUUCAGACGAUUGAGAAGCUCUCCAUUGGUGUUGAACUCUGGAAUAAUCCGGAUGUCCAAACCAUUGUUAUUCGACAGAAUCGACGCAUCCAUUCUCGAUUUGUCAACAUUGAUAACAACGCAAACUGCAAGCAAGAUGUUGCUGUCAAGAACAACGUCUGGAGUUUCUCGGUCGCUUAUCAGAACUACAUGAACGAGUUCUUCCAGGGAACUUCUUCCUUCUCCGUUAACCCUAUUAUUCAAAAGGCCGCGGACGAUCUCAUUGCACACAUGGACGCCAAUCUCGUCACUCUUGGCAAGAGGGCAUUGAGCGCUGAUGAACAAACUCAGCUGACAAAAUGGACCACUCGUUACGCGCCUCUCAAGACAUCAACGUACAGGGUUUCCAUCUCGUGGGAUUUCAGUUACACGAAUCUCAAGAGACAAGAUGGGGGUUCUUGUGCCCUGCCUACUUCGUCGUUGAGAUCGUCAGCAGCAUCCACCACCAUGUCUACUCUGUCAACCUCAUACAUUUCGCAAACAAACCAAGAGCCCACAGCUACCGAGCAAACGACUCAUACAGAGACCGAGACUGGUUGGAGUGGCUCAUGCCCAACAAUUUUGCCGUUCAUUGAGGGCAAGGCAAACUUAACAGAUGAGGUCGGCGACCGAUGCUUGUACCAACAAGAGCCGCCAGCAAUUGGCACGCCGGUGUCAUUCAAUGCAGACCAACUGGAGGAUAUCCUGCAAGAUUUCUGUGACGGGUCGCGCACGCUUAUCAAGCCUGGAGAACAAAAUACAACAAAUAUGUCUGAGCUGUACAAGCUUGGAGACUCAUCCCAGCUCUUCAUCGCAGCUCCCUGGACAUUUGACUAG